AUGGCUGAGCAAGACACAAAAGAAAAGCACCAUGUUGAGGAUGAGCAAGGGAAGAUAGACGAAGAACGGGAAACCAGAGAAGCGGACGAGAGAAAUGAACCACCACCACCACCACAUUCCGUACUGAACAAGUAUGGGAAAGUCUACAUUACAUUUAUGGCAGCUCUGGUGGGCUUCUUUUCUCCCAUUUUCAGUCAAAUUUACUUCCCCGCUCUCCCGAUUCUCGCGCAGUACUAUGGCAAAACCACGACUCUGAUCAACCUGACGGUCACCACAUACAUGAUUGUCCAGGGAAUUGCGCCGGCUUUUGUGGGAAAUUUCGCUGGUAUCAGUGGCCGUCGACUAGCCUAUAUCCUGGCUUUCACUAUCUACACGGCGGCAAAUAUUGGCCUAGCUGUCCAUGAUAGCUAUGGGGCUUUGCUGGGUCUGCGAUGUCUCCAAAGUACCAGAAGCAGUGCCACCAGCUCUAUUGGAUAUGCAGUUGCCGCUGACAUUGCUAGUCCAGCCGAGCGGGGCAAGUAUAUAGGACCGAUGACUGCUGGCUCUAUGGCUGCUCUCUCUCUCUGGGGCCUGAGCAUCUUCUGGUUUCUGGUAAUCAUUAGCGGAGCCUUCCUAAUGGUAUAUACUAUCACGGUCCGGGAGACUGCCAGAGAGAUUGUUGGGAAUGGAAGUAUUGUCCCAGCCGACUGGUGGAGGUUGUCUGUAUUCCAAUGUCUUUCUCCUACUCGACACCGCUGUGCGAAGACACAAGGCCCACCACAAACACAAAAGUCAAAAUUUUUAUAUGUUAAUCCGAUUAAGUCGUUCGUGGUCUUUGCGGAUAAGGCUGGCUUGAUCAACCUCUGCCACAUCGGCAUAACAUAUCUUUCCUGCAUCGCCGUUAUGACAAACACCGCAAACAUGUUUGGUGACCUUUACAACCUUGACUCUCUCAAGAUAGGUUUAUGUUUUCUACCGUUUGGAAUAACCGGUUGCAUCGGCUCUUUUGCAGUAGGUAAAAUGGUUGACAUGAACUACUGCCGUAUAGCUCGCAAGCACAACCUCCCCUUGAACCGCCAGAGCAAUCGAGUACCAGACGUAUUCCCCUUCGAGAAGGCCCGUCUACAAAUCGCAAUCCCCGCGGUCAUUAUCACCGGUCUCACCCUAAUCCCGUAUGGCUGGGUUCUGCAGCAACGUGUCCAUCUUGACACCUCCCUGGUCUUACAAGGCAUUCUCGGAUUCUGUGUCACGGCCACCAUCAAUGUCCUGAUGACACCCCUGGUUGACCUGUUUCCGAAAACGCCGGCGAGUGCUUCCGCGGCGGCAAACCUGGUUCGGUGCUGGCUUGGGGCUGUAACCGCUGCGGUUAUUGAGUACAUGGUCACUGGGAUGGCAUUGGGGUGGUGUUUCGCGUUCUUUGGGUUUGUGACACUUGCGAGCUUGCCAUUUCUUCGGAUUGUGUAUGUGCGUGGGAUGAAAUGGCGCAAGUCUAAGCAGGAGCGCGAGCGGAAUUAG